AUGUCGGAGGGGCCGUCCGAUCUGUCCAAUUCGCAUCUAGAGCCCCCAAGGAAGACAACUGAAAUGCAAGACCCAGGAGCUGGUGACCAUAUCUCCGAAAGCGAAGACGAACACUUCUCCGACGCCAGCGAAGGCAAUCCAGAGCCCCAGUCGCUCCCACAAUCCGGUCGCACUUCCCCUGUCCCGCGAACACGAGUCGAGAGAGCCGACAGCAGCACCCAACAUGGCGAGGUUCCCGGUACAGCGGCAUUCAAAGCACGGGAACAAGAUGCUGUUCCCGACGAAAUCGAAGUGGUCCCAGAAGGUUCACACAGCCCGAACCACUCGCCCGCGGGGUCGGAGGAACGACCUUCAGACCCUGAGGGCUCGCCCAUCCCGCGAACAAUGGUUGAAAAGGUAGACCCGGAUCAGCCCAGCCAUGGCGAAGUGCCAGGCACAUUAGCAAAUGAGAAGCGCCUCGCCGAUGCCGUGCCUGAUGUUGUGGUUAAAGCUUCCGACUCAGAGGGCAGCCCAACACCGCCAGCUCUGGGCCCUACAUCCUCAAAGGUCGAUGUCUCUGAGCAGGAUAUCCCAGAGACCCGACUUGAACGUGUCGAAACCAUGCCUACUGGUGAAGAUGAAGAGGCAGGACCACACCCACAGGCCCAUCAAAGCUCACCAAGUGACACAUUACCCGAUACGGUAGAAACCGUACCUGAUGUCUCGUUGUCAGAUGAUCCCGAGCUUCCAGUGCAAGAUCUCUCUCUGGGCAAAGACACGAACGAAUAUGAUGAAUACGACGAGCAAGAAGAUGAGCAAGAAAUGGGGGAUGACUUUGAUGAAUUUGUAGAAGAGCAGGAUGACAUGGGAGACGAUGAUUUCGGAGACUUCGAUGACGGCUUCCAAGAGCCCAGCACAGAAGAUAUAGAAGACCCUCCAGCAGACACAACUCCGCCACCCCAGCAGCAUCAAGCACCUCCAGUUCCACCUCUCAUUGACUUCAGCGCCUUCAACACAACAUCCGAACUCCUCAACUCUCUUCAGGAUACCCUCGACAACCUCUUCCCUGCAUCACAAAAUCUAAGCUCCCUCCCCGCAGUCGAGCCAAUCCCAGACUCCGCCGCAAUCUUCAGCACCGAGCGCUCCCUCUCUCUAUGGUCCCAGCUCGUCGCACCGCCACCCCUCCAACCCCAAAACUGGGUCAAAUCUCGCAUCCGCCGCCUAUUCCUCGUCUCACUUGGCGUCCCCGUCGAUCUCGACGAGAUCCUCCCCGCCUCAAAACAAAAGAAGCUCAUCCUCCCUUCCAUCGACCUGGAAGGGUCAGGAGCCAAAAGCCCCCGCUCAGCCAGCCAGCCCCGCAAAGAUGACGGCGCCCAAACAGACCUCGAAAAAGGGCAAGCGCCUUCACGCCAAAAGGCAUCCCGUCGUAACGACCCGUCUCCGCCGGGCAUGGAUCUCUCGGCGGUUCGUCGUCUGUGUGCCACCACCGAUGCUGCACUAAGUGGUCUUACGGACACGGAGUUGAAGUUGCAUGUUCAGGAAUUGGAACAGGUUACUCAGCGCGCUAGUGCAGUGCUUGAACACUGGCUGAAGCGCCGGGACGGCCUUGUUGGUGAAAAAGAGGCUUUUGAGGGUGUUAUUGAGAACCUUGUUAGCCAUGUUCGGAGAGUUAGGAAAUAG